AGUCGCAGGCGCAGCGGCCCGAGCGGCUGUCGAGGACCCCGGCGGAUGCGCGACCUGCCCUCACGAGCUGGACCGGGCCGCCGCCUCGUUGAGGCACCUCGCUGCCGACCACCGCCCGCAGCGCCAUGCCGCGGGUGCGGUCCGUGCUCGCGGCAGCGCUGCUGCUGCCGGCGGCACGCGGCUCGUCGCCCGCCUGGUCGGAGGCCUCCCCGCUGGAGGGCGGCGCCCCCGGGGCGGAGAGGCGCCGGCUCGCCGAGCAGCUGGAGCGCAGGAGGAGCGAGCUGCGGGAGCUGGUGCUGCUCGCCCAGGCGCGGGGCCUGCCCCGCUCCGCCGUGGAGGGGCUCGGCCUCGGGGGCGGCGGCGGGUCCCCGAGGGCGCGGCGGGGGGGCGAGGUCUCGCAGGGUGGCGGCAGGGCCGAGCUGGGGCGCGCGCUGGAGGGCGCCGAUGCCGCGGAGAGGGUCCUGCACGAGCAUGGGCAUCCGGGCGGGCCCCUGCACGAAGGCGAGGGCGAGGGCGAGGGCGAGGGCGAGGUGUGGGAGGAGGAGCACGAAUUCGAGCCAUGGGACACGGACACUUCCUUCAUGCUCCUCGGCAUGAUCUUAUCCGUCAUGAUGCUGUUUUACCUGACGAAUUGGCCAGACGACGACAUUCGCCUGUAUUCCUGGCAGAUCACGAGCUCCACCAUCUCCAUAUUUUGUUCUGUGCUGCUCUUUACAGGCUUCGAAUCGAUGUUGCGCGACAUGUUCGAGACGAAGGACAAUCCGCUGACGAUGGUCGUCCUCCACUUUUUCCACUGCUUCAUCUACCUGGCGAUUAUGCACGUCGGCACCGCUGUGGAAUCUGGUGUGAUGUGCGACACGCCAGAGAACGAGGCGGCCUUGCCCGAGUACAAGUGGGUGUAUGUCGACGGUCUCCAGUGCACCAAUGGAGAGCUGGUGCCAGAAGACAAGCUGUGCAAUAUUCGCGGCAACAACAUUGGGAAUCGGUUGGCGGGAACUGGCAGCAAGAGGGGCGUGCUCGAACUCAAAGAGGUGUGGAUGCAGGACGUCAUGGAGAUCCCUGUCCAGAAGCAGCAGCACGAGUUCUUGAGGAGGAAGCGAAGGACGAGGGCACUUUCUAUGCUGACGGGGCACAUGGCGGGAUUCGCUGCGAUCUCUUCUGGGAUUAGUCUCCAGAGGUUUUCGUAUCGGUACUUGUCCGAAGAGUUCGACAUCGACGAGCAGUGGAGCUUGACUGUGGGAAAGGCCGUUCUCUGGGUGUCUUUGCUACUCAACCAGCUGGUUCUUCGGAUGGCAUUCAAGCUGUCAGAAAUUUUCAGAGACCUUCAUCACUGGAGUCACUACAUCAGGAUUAAGAACGAGAGAUCGGGAUCAAGCGCCCAAGAGAAACACGGCUUUCAGAUGAAGGAGGAGCUCAUGGUGGAUGAGAACAUCGAGGGCGAGAACGAAGUCUCGAGCUUGUCCAUGUCUUAUCUCGCCGUGAACAUUCUGCGCUUUGGCCUCACCGACCACCUGCCUGACGAGCAGGCGAAGGAACCAGAGGACUGGAGGCCAGAGCUGCAUAGGCACGUCCUGCCACUGUAUGGGAUCGGCUUGCUCACCGUCGCGAUCGCCUCUUGCCAGGCGAUCGCCAUGUACAAGCUGAAGUGGCCCGACCCGCGGGCGAACGCCACCAUCUUCCGCACGUGCAACACGAUCCUCAAUGCCACGGCCAUGUCCUUCGCUUGGUGUGUACUCGUGGCCACCGAUUGGGCCAUCGAGUGGCUCUGCCACGCCAGCGGGGUGACGCUCCACCACCUCCUCAAGACGGUUGUGGUCGCGGGGGCGCUGAACGCCUUCGUCUGCGGCGCAAUCUUUGUCAUGGACACGGUGCACGACCGAAUAAAGGAAGGAUCGGCGAGCACCCGCGGCGGGCAGGAGUCUGCCGCUCUCGGCGCCCAGAUAGUCAGGAUCAACGUCACCGCGCUCAGCAUCCUCGUGGGGUUCUCCUGGGAGCACUGCUUCGACGGGGGCGUAAUGGCCAUAUCCGACAGGGCGGCGCACAAGCAGCGCCUGUUUGUCCAGAUAGCCCUGGGCAUCAUGGUCUGCGUCGUCAUCUUGCCAGCGUGGCGCAGGUACAUCUUGCAGAGGGUGAUGCAGAUCGAGGACGAGGUGCCCCGCCAGGAGAGCAAGGAGACGGGCUCGGAGGCGGCGCUCCAGGAGUGCCCAAACAAGGUCGAGUCCCAGGCCCUGAGCCCGGAGGCGGUCUCGGAGACGUCGCGCCAGGAGAGCCCAAACAAGGCCGAGUCCCAGCCCCUGCUGAGCGGACCCGCGUGGAGGCAGCGCGACGGCGAGAGCCCAAGCGCGUUCGUUCCAAAGCCCCUCGUGACAAGCCCCAAGCCGUUAGCCUGGGAGGCAGCGCGACCAAGCGCGGUCGAAGCCAGUGCCUUGCUGAGCGGGCCCGCUGUGGGGGCGCGCGAGGGCGGUCCAACGAGAUCGCGCGAGGGAAGCCGGAACAAAAUCAGAUACAAAGUCCCACGCGAGCUGACACCUGCUGCGGCUGAUGGAUUCUGAAAGUUGUUGUGUAUUACGAGCCCCCGUUCUUGUUGGGGGAGACGUGCCCGUGAGUCACGGCAUAUCAAACACAGGAGCGAAGUGUUGAGCAUCUGGAUUGCAAGCCGUGGGGAGCCGCGAUGCUGCGGGAUCGAGCUUGUCAAAGUGAACUGCCUGCUGAGAGGGCCCGCGGGGAGGCAGCGCCGCUGCUGUCCCUUCUUUUUCGCUUAGAUCGCCCAAAGAGGCGGCCCAAAGAGGCGGGGGCACCGGGGACCGAUCCAGGCCUCCGCUGCCACGGUUCUUUCGCUUUACCUCCAUACCUCUUCCCAGGCCCAGCUCUUCAUCCGAGGCCGUUUCUCGAUGGCCCCACGGGGGCCCGAAACGGGCCUCCCGCGGCCGAAAGCGUCGAGGAACGUCGCAGCAGCGUUGCUCCGUGACAGAGGAGACCUCACCGGCGAGGCUCACGAGCGAGGAACUUGUCCACGUCUAUUCCGUGCCCUCGCGGCCUGGGCGCCGGGGCGCGAGGUCGUGGGCCGCGCCCCGUGCGGGCCCUCCGCCCACAGCCUUCAGUCGGGCGUGUCCCCCUACAGAGGGGAUCUUCGGCGACAAAUUUAAUUAUGUUUUGACUAUUUUGGAUAUUCCCCCUUUAGAGGGACAGGCCCGACUUGACCACGGCCCCGCCCCCCGCGUGUCAUCGUGGGGCUUCGCGGUCGAGGGGCCCAGGCCGCAGGGGGCGUCGCGGGCGCGCGUGCCGUCCAUGGGGGGCCGCCCCGAGCCCAGGCGCGUGCCGGGGCGAUCGACACGGGCACCCAGACAUGAUCGCGUCGUUCAAAAAAAUCAAUCGGAAAUUGGAGCAUAUACAUUACCAAUGGCGGGCUGUUGUUCAAUCCCAGG